UCCGAUUUUGUGAAACUUUUGCUGCUGUGCCAAAUCAUGCCUGGACGAUUUCUACUGUCACUCAGAUUAAACAUCAGGGAUGUUAUCGGCUAACCUCAAAAAACACAGGGCAAAAAGUGACAAAUGAUAAAUUUUAUUUCUAUUACCGUGUUGUUGUUGCUGCGUGUAGUUCAUCGGGGCGACAUCGUUGACGGCGAAGCUUGCAGAAAAUUUCACAAACUGUAAAAAAUAAGGAAAAUAAUUUACAAAUUGUAUCCUAGUUCCUCGUUUUGCAUGGAACCGAUAUGACAUAAAAAGCUAAGAUGUGAUUUAAAGUUGGUAAUAUAUCAAUGAAAAAAGAGAAAAGGUCAAAGCUUAAUUACAUGCGUCUUGUCUUUGCUAUUGCCAAAAAGAAGUGAAAUAUUACAGCCAACAAUCCAAAAGCAGAAAUUAUUGUACUUAAAUUCAAUUACUUCGUUUAAUUCAAAGGAUCGUAGUAGCACAGGUGCGUGUUCGUGAGUAAAUCGUUUUUGGCUCCAGGAGCUAUGGAGAAAGAUCGGGGUGGUUGCGGCAGCAGUGGCAGCACGCGCUACGUCAGUGCAGGCGAUCGCAGCAGCGCCAUUGGCGGAACUUCACAUGCUCUCAUGACCAGUGAAUAUGAUGGUUUAUUGAAAAAGCACAAGAAGUCUAAAAAGAAAAAAAGUAAACAUUCACGCUCGCGUGAAAAUUCUCUGACGCGUCAUAUGCGACGUAGCCGUAGCAGCAGCAGCCCAUCACCACGAAGUCGAUCCGUCGCCACCACUGCCGAUGAUGGCGCUGAGGGCGAUGGAAGUUUGACAAUUAAACAACCAUCGAAAAAAACACAUGCCUUGAAUGCCAUUGUAGAAUACUCAGACGUAAGUUCGGAAGAUUUCUCAGAUCCAGAAGCUGGGGAACUCAAUACAGAGUCUAAUGAAAUAACAAGAAAGCAAAGAGUUGAAGCUUCGAAUUCUAAUAUAGGCAAGGAUAUGAGAACGACGCAUCUGCCGCCACCGAAUCCCCCAAAGGGCGAUCAACAACUUCAUAAUAUGAGCAGUGACGAUGAUACCUUUAGGCGAAAACGCAAUGAGAGUCUUGAUAAUCUCUCCAAUCUAUCACCAAAUCGGGUACGUCGCAUAAUUCUUGGUUCACCAGUGCGCGGAUCAAAAACUACCAGUGGCGCUACGACAACAAGCAGCUCUGUCAAUGCCAAAGGUGACAAGGCUUUGGCUUCAGUCUCCAAUGACUCGAAAGCAGCAUUGUCUUCUCGUCAUCUGGUGGAUGAAAGUAAUCCGUCAACAAAGAAACAAAAAAAGAAUAGUGUGAACAGCGGCAGCAGCAAAAUACUGGAUGAAGAGGUAUCUGACUGGGAAGCGGCAUUGGCUAGUAGUGACUCCAUGGACACAGAUGAAUUUGAAGCUGAAUUAAAGAGACAAAAGCGUAAAAAAGCCAAAAAAGACAAAAAACACAAAAGAAGCAAGAAAUCGAAAAAACGACGAAAGAAGCGGGCGCGAUCUUAUUCCAGCAUCGAGUCUAUUUCCGACAAUGAUUUGGAUGCUGUUAUAGCAGCUGAGAGUGUACGCCACUAUACUCCUUCUCCAAAAAUACAUCGUGCACAUGAAAAGAUUGUCGGCAACAGUGCAAUCAAAAGUCCAGAUCGUAAUACCGGUGGUAGUGGUGUCGGUUCAUCGUACACGCCCAUUAAAGAAGUCAGUCCCAUGUCGAUAGAUACGCCGCCAAUACGUCCCGGAAGCAGUAAUAGUUAUUACGCUGAAAAGACCGCUGUAGGUAUUUCAACAGCAGCGAUAGCAAAAGGUUCUGGUGCCACUGCUGCAGCAGCAGCAUCUGGUCUACAAGUCACAGUCAGUAAUCAGCGUCACCGCACGCCUCCGCGUAAUAGCGCUAAAACACGUUUUCCAGCUGCAACAUCGCCGCAUACUCCUCCGCUGUAUGUCAGCGGCAGUGCCGAACGAGGACAAACCACUCGUGGCUCACGUUAUGCUCUCAGUCCUCCAAAAGAAGAACAUCUCUCAGCACAUCAUCAUCAUCAUCGCAAUGCUGGCGCAAGUGGUGUGUCCGGUCAUCAUUAUAGUGCGCGCGGAGGCAGUGGAAUGGAUGUACAUAAAUAUAAGGCUGUAUCACCAGAUCGCUAUCAUCAUCAUCAGCAAGCCACACCUCCACAUAAACGCAGAAAAGCUUUUGAUAGUCGCACGGCUGCGUACGAAACACACCACACACGUCACUAUAGUUCCAAUACGCAUAGUUUACGUAAAGCACAUGACUAUGAACGCUUUGGCAGCAGUAGUAGGGACAAAUAUGGAAGACGUUAUUCAAGGAGUCCAAGUAUGUUGAACGUACGCAGCAAACAAUCCCCCGCGUAUACCGCAGCAUCAUCAUCAGCAUACCGCAGCACCGGUGCUACUAGCAGCAGUUAUCGCCACAACAGCAGCAAAUAUAUUCAAGAGGCAUCCACUUCGCCAGAUCGCUCACGAUCGUCAAAACGCGGAACUGGUACAGACCGUUAUUCGCGGUCGCGGUCACCGCGCUCCUUAACGCGACACUAUGAUUCACCACCUUCGCCAGUUUCUGCAUCGGCUAUCAGCGCCCGCUCAUCGCACCGGCGUUACCGUUCCUCAUCGCGUAGUCACCGUCGUCGCGAAGGCAGUAAGCGGUCUUACACCCGGUCACGCAGUCGAUCACGUUCGCGUUCGCGAUCCCGUUCACCUUCAUCGUCACCCACCUCACGUGAUUUGAAGCUCAAGCGUAUUGAAUAUAGUAAAAAGAUUAGCGAUACCAGUCUGUUUGCUGAAUUGGUUAAAGACAAGCACAAGCGUCAAAAGGCGAUAGAUGCUCUGUUGGAGCGUCAAGAGGAGAACAGUAACAGCAAUAGUGCGCUCAUAAUAAACGAGAAUAGUUCGUCUAUAGAUAGCGGCACGUCGAAGGUCAUCGCACAUUCAGACCUUACGUCAUCCACCUCUGACAGCACCAUUGCAAAGACCGGCACAUCCGCCUCAAUCCCAGCCCCUAAUAUUGUAUCAGCACCCAAUGGCGUGAGCAGUGGUAGCAAACCGCUUGUAGAAGUAACUAACAUUCCCAUGCCGAAAAUGAUGGAAGAGAAGGCCAUCGACACGGACGCCACGACUAGUGAAACCGCAAAGAUUACUGAAACCAAAGUUACCGCAAUAGAUGAUACAGAUCGUCAAUCUGUAGCCCCACCCCCGUCAAUCAAGAUAAAACCAAAAAGUCUUACUGCGUUACCCAUGCCACCGGGCAUCAGCGCGGCUGACUUAGCCAUUGCAACAACACCUUCUCCGCCCUCAGAGUACGCCAGCUCAACUGCUUCUCCAGCUAAGAAAGCAAGAAGCAACAGCAUCUCCGCCGCCACUACACCUACGCCAACAACACCUGCUACAAACUCCAAUGCCAAUAAAAGCUUGCUCAACUUGCCAAUGCCGCCAAUGGUGCCGGGCGGGGAAGAGCUAAGUGGCGAUGAAGAUGAUGUUAUAAAUAGCCCGGAAGAUUUCGAUACAGCGAAUACCAGCGCGAGUGCGGUGAAAGGUGGCAGGGAUAGCGCGUCAAUCGAUGGCACAGCGGGUAAUGGCAAAAUGUCUAGUAGCAACAAAAGCGGCGCUAAUGCAACAUCCUCAAAACGCAAGCGGCCUGUCAUAUUAAAUCGUCGCGAUUCACGCAAUCAGGUGCGCGAUUGGGGCGAACGAUGUGUAGACGUUUUUGUAAUGAUAGCACAAAUAGGCGAAGGCACCUAUGGGCAGGUAUAUAAAGCGCGUGAUAAUCAUACAGACGAAUUAGUUGCGCUAAAGAAAGUACGUUUGGAGCAUGAAAAGGAAGGCUUUCCUAUCACAGCUGUCCGGGAAAUUAAAAUAUUACGGCAGCUAAAUCAUCGUAAUAUUGUUAACUUACAUGAAAUAGUCACCGACAAGCAAGAUGCUUUAGAAUUCCGCAAAGAUAAAGGCUCAUUUUAUUUGGUCUUCGAGUAUAUGGAUCAUGAUUUGAUGGGCUUGCUAGAAUCAGGCAUGGUCGAUUUCAAUGAAGAGAAUAAUGCGAGUAUUAUGAAGCAACUGAUGGAUGGCCUCAAUUACUGCCAUAAAAAGAAUUUUUUACAUCGUGAUAUCAAAUGUUCAAAUAUUUUAAUGAACAACAAAGGACAAGUAAAACUCGCCGAUUUCGGUUUGGCACGACUCUACAAUGCCGAGGAUCGUGAACGACCUUACACUAAUAAAGUGAUAACACUGUGGUAUCGUCCACCCGAGCUUCUACUCGGCGAAGAACGUUAUGGGCCAGCUAUCGAUGUAUGGUCAUGUGGUUGUAUACUUGGAGAGUUAUUUGUCAAACGACCACUGUUCCAAGCUAAUGCAGAAAUGCCACAACUGGAGACGAUUUCCCGUGUGUGUGGCACGCCAGUGCCGGCUGUUUGGCCCAAUGUUAUCAAACUACCACUCUUCCACACAUUCAAACCAAAACGUCAGCAUAGGCGACGAUUACGUGAGGAUUUUGAAUUCAUGCCGCUGCCGGCUUUGGAUUUGCUUGAUCGUAUGCUGGAAUUGGAUCCGGAUCGUCGUAUUACCGCUGAAGAAGCACUUAAAUCACCUUGGCUCGUGAAUAUAAAUCCUGAUGAGAUGGCUAUACCACGGCUACCUACUUGGCAAGAUUGUCACGAGUUGUGGAGCAAGAAGUUGCGUCGCCAAAAGCGCGAACAAGGUGAAGCAGGACCGCUGUGAGAAUAUAUCUAUCCGAUGGUGGAGACACCAGUCAUGGACACAACGGCCCAGCGGUUGACUGACGCCGACGGUGAUAAUGCUGGCGGCACAACAUCAAACAACACACAACAAUUGUUUAUAUAGUAGUGUGACACAACAAUAACUGCAAUAUGAAAUAGAAAAGGCAUUGCAUUGGGCAAUUGCAAGAGAAUGUGACGACAUAACCAUCUACAAAACGAACAAACUUGCAUUUAAGAGUUUCAUUUUAUAUGUAAAAUGGGUGGUUAAAUGUUUGGGCAGUAUUUAUUGUUGUUGCGUGGUUGUAGAGUGAAAAAGUGUUGAAAGCUUAGCAAUUACACUUACAAACUUUAUAUUUAGUAUUUUUAAUUGUAUCACAACAUUUAAGUUUUUUUUUAUAAUUACUAUAACUUACUAUUAAUAUGUUAUCAUCAUAUUAUUAAUGGCAUCGAGUUAAAGCGUAAACUAAAUUAUAGUUAGUUUUAGAGAAUCGAGAAGAAUAAAAAAAAAUAUAUAAAUAUAGAUAAGGAAACCUUAAAACUUUGUAAACCAAUUACAAAAAAGAAAAAUAGAAAAAAAUAUAAAUGGAAAGUAAAUCACUUUCAUUACAAUUAAGUACACAUGACUAAAUGCAUAAUUCGUUUAAUAGUUUUGGGUGCGUUUCUUUUCCGUACAUUUAAGCGCAAACUGACUUUGAAGCAAAAAUUCUUUGAAAAAAGGAAAUUUGUAUGCAGUAAGCACUUAUGCUCGCAAACAACUGUAAUAACAAAUUGAUUUUAUAAAGCUUUAGGUCAAGAAAAUUACUCUUAAAACAACAACAACAACAAGACCUAUUUGAAAGAACUGAUAGAUGGCUGGAAUGUAAUUUUGUUUGCAAGCAUAAUUGAAUUGAUAAAUUAAUGUACUAUAAAAUAAAUAUAAAAUUGAGACAUUUGUAAAAAGUUUACAGCUGCAUGAUUUUCAUGUGAGGAAAAUUUUAUACGAAAAAGUGAAUACUUUUUCUUCAUUUUCUUCUCCAUACGUAAUGAAAAUUAUAUUCAGUUGGUGUUAAAAGUUAGUUGUAUAAAAUUGCUUAAAUACAUAAAUAUGUAUAAUGAAUGCUCUAAUAUAAAAUAUAUCGAUGUAUAUAUUUAGGUGCAUAUCCGUACAGCAAUUCAUUUUCGUAAGUUCAUGCUUAUAAUGGAAACAUGUACAUACAUAAACAAACAAAUAUUGUUUUUAUAAAAUCAUUAUAAACGAAUGUUGCUGCUGUAACCGAGAAUCAUGAAUAAAAAGCAACAGUUCGUACUUUAUUAGUCAAUAAAAACAAAAAAAUUUACAAAAAAUAAUCAAGAAAAACUUAUAUUUUUCAGAAGGUUUGUAUAUAUUGUGUAUGUAUGAGGAAAAUGUAUGAUUUCUCUAAAUUCUUGCAUUUCCGAACUGUUUAUAUUAAACUGAAAAUUUUAAAAGCCUGUAAAAAAAAUUGAAUUUUUAUCAGAACUAUUUGCAGCUUGUUUCUUGCUUUAGUACAUUUUAGACAUACUCUAUGGCUCGCAUCAAAUUAGCGGCAGCCAACUGCUCGUUGCACUUCUUUCUAUAAAAUUGACGUUAAAAUUGUCACCGUUUUGUAGCAUAUUUAUAUUGGUGUUCAAUAUUGUUCGAAGUGGUUUCUUACAAAUUUUACAUCAACAGCAUUAAAAGAUUGUAUUAGUUGAUAUACUUUGCAAGAUAUAUGUAUACAUCAAAUUCUAUAAAAUUUAAUUUUUUGUAAAAAUGUUGGUUUUUUAUAUUUUUAUAAGUUAUAAACUAUAAUUACGUACAUAUGUAUAUGCGUCACUAAGCGGCGAAGUUAAAUAAUAGCAAUACUUAAUGAAAAAUUUAAACUGUUCAAUCCUUCAUAGUUUCUAUUUUUAUAAAUAAGAACCAGAAUAGGCAUAUGUACAGCCUUUUUUUAUUACCUUCCUUUUAUUAGCUCGGAAU